AUGGCCGGUCUGGUGCGCUUCUUCUCUCCUCUGCCCACCCGCUGUUCCCAGAGACUGCCCUGCUUCCAGAGACGGACAAUGGCCACCAUCAGCACCAUCAACCCGCCGCGGGAUCCCAACACUCUCAGCAACUACAACAACUGGCGAUCCACCCACAUCACCGCCAACCUCGAUAUCCGCUUCGACCAGAAGCUGCUGGCCGGCAAUGUCGUCCACCAGUUCCAGUCCAUCACCGACGCCCAGUCGCGCGAAAUCAUCCUCGACACCAGCCAUCUCGACAUUGGCGCCGUCAAGGUCGACGGCAAGCCCUCCCAGUGGGAGCUGCUGCCCCAGGUGGAGCCCUACGGCACGCCCUUGAAGAUCACCCUCGAACAGGGUGUGAAGCUGAAUGGCACCGUCGAGGUCGAGAUUUCCGUGAAGACCACCGCUCGCUGCACGGCGCUCCAAUGGCUGACGCCUGCCCAAACCUCCAACAAGAAACAUCCCUAUAUGUUCUCGCAAUGCCAGGCCAUCCACGCGCGGUCCAUUUUCCCGUGUCAGGACACCCCGGAUGUGAAGAGUACGUUUGACUUCAACAUCACCUCGCCACUACCGGUGAUUGCCAGUGGUCUGCCAAUCCGACAGUCCUCGAUGACCCCCCAGUCCGGAAACCAGCUGUACCGAUUCCACCAGUCCAUUCCGAUCCCCAGCUAUCUCUUUGCCCUGGCCAGCGGUGAUGUGGCGGAGGCCCCCAUUGGCCCUCGCAGUGUCGUAGCCACCAGCCCGGACGAGCUUGCCGGAUGCACGUGGGAGCUCGAGAAUGACACGGAGAAUUUCAUCACGACUAUCGAGAAAAUUGUCUAUCCCUAUGUCUGGGGCGAGUACAAUGUCCUGAUCCUGCCUCCGAGUUUCCCGUAUGGUGGAAUGGAGAAUCCCAUAUUCACUUUCGCCACUCCCAGCAUUAUUUCAAAGGACCGGGAAAAUAUCGAUGUCAUUGCGCACGAGCUCGCUCACAGCUGGAGUGGCAACCUCGUCACCAAUGCCUCGUGGGAGCAUUUCUGGCUGAACGAGGGCUGGACCGUGUACUUGGAGAGACGGAUUCUGGCCGCCAUUCAUGGCGAGCCGUACCGUCACUUCUCCGCCAUUAUCGGGUGGAAAGCGCUGACCGACGCUAUGGAUCACUUUGGCCACGACCACGAAUUCACCAAGCUGGUGGUGGAUCUCAAGGGCAAGGAUCCGGAUGAUGCUUUCUCCAGCAUUCCCUACGAGAAAGGGUUCAACUUCCUGUUCCAUCUCGAGAAUCUGGUCGGCAAGCAACAGUGGGACAAGUUCAUCCCUCAUUACUUCACCGUCUUCAAGACCAAGUCUCUCGAUUCCUAUGAGUUCAAGGCGACUGUCCUGGAUUUCUUCAAGUCCGAUGCCGACGCAUCCAAGGCUCUAAACGAGCUGGACUGGGAUAAGUGGUUUUACGCUCCCGGCCUGCCUCCCAAGCCGACUUUUGACACCUCGCUUGUAGACGUGGUCUACGAGCUUGCCCAGAAAUGGAAAUCUCUCCCCGGCUCGUCUUUCAAGCCCCAGGCCAGCGAUAUCCAGGAUCUGACAGCGAACCAGAUCGUUGUCUUCCUGGAGCAGGUUCUCCGUUUCGAGCAGCCUCUGCAGCCCGAGCUGUCAAAGUUGAUGGGUGAAGUCUACAGACUAGCCAAGAGCGAGAAUAUUGAGGUGGCCAACCUCUACUUCCAAGUCGGCAUGAAGACCGGGGAUGAGAGUGUGAUUGAACCAACCACGGAGCUGCUGGGCCGGAUCGGAAGAAUGAAGUUUGUGCGACCAUUGUACCGCAAUCUCCAGAAAAUCAACCGCCCCAUUGCACUCGCGACAUUCGAGAAGUAUCGCGACUUCUAUCACCCGAUUUGCCGUGCCAUGGUCGAGAAAGAUCUAUUCGGCAAGAAAGACCAGUAG